ACCCCAGCACCAAUAGGGUGAAGGUUGGGUGAGCAUGGUAAGAUAAAAUCGAACUGAGUUUAUUAUAAAGAUGUUCUAAGCGACGUUGUUAUUUCGGCUUUUGAUAAGUAGCAAUUUCGCUAUUUCCUUUAUCAUCGUGUAGAAACUUCGCUCAUGGCAUAGCGAAGUUGAGUUCCGUACAAGCAUACUAUAUCUUCCGUACAAGCAUACUAUAUCUUUCUUUUUCCAAGGUGUCACAUGGGACUUUUAGUUAUGCGCGUGGAACUCCGUUUCACAGUGGUAUAAAUCACAGAAUGUCGUUGAUCGCUUUGAGAAACAAUUAGAAAUUCUGUAUCUUUAAUUUCUAUAAGCACGUAAAUUAUUAAGCAGAAAAAAUAUGAGAAAAUAUUUGUUUGGCAAAAGGUAAGCUUUUGAAAGAAGUUUUCAUCUCAUCUAAUUAUCUAUCUCACGAUAAUUAAAAUCUAAUUUGUUGGUACAACAUUGAAAUAAACAAUUUUAACGAUAUACGUACGCUUGCUAUUAUUCUUUUUUUCUUUUGCAAAACAUCAUAAACAAAUCACAAUAUACAAGAUUUGCGAUGACAAUUUUAAAUUCGCUUUAAUGACUUUUGAGAUCGUAGCCAAUUAUAAUACAGCUAUUAUAAAAAUAUUUCAAAUGCUACUUUGUGUAGCUGUAUCUAUUGGAAGAAAAUUGGAGAAUUGAUGGACUCUGAAUGAUUCAUAUUGAGCAUACAACAGUUGGGUGAAAUUAAAAUUAUUAAUAAAGAAAGAAACCAGCAGGACAAUGCAGAGUAUACUAUGACAGUUAAAAUGGACAGAAUGAUUGGCUGUUUUAUUUGGUUUCUAUUCGUGACAGAAGUGACUAUGGUUUCUAAUAUCAAUCGUGUUGUUUUUCAAACAUUUAUUCUUUCGGAUGGAACAACUGUGCAGUGCUAUGGGAGAUGUCAAAAGGAUCCGACAGAUUUAUCAGGGCAGUUGAAAAAAUUCAAUGUGACCAGUUGCGAAGGCACAAAAGUUCGCUUGAAUUGUCCAACAGAUCGUGUCAUAAACAUUCACGCGGCUACUUCGGGACGUUUAGAUCCCGAUUUAGAGAUUUGUAAUCAAAAUCAACCAUUGUUUUGUUCGAAGGACAUCACGAGUAAAUUACAGAACAAUUGUGAGCAAGGUAGACAAUGUACUAUUUCAGUAUCAACGUACGAUUUCACCGAACAAUGUGAAGAAGACGAAUAUCUUGCUUUCGAUGUCCAAUACUCGUGUGAAUUGCCAGCGAAAAAGACGCCAACCAAACCAGAAAGUGAAAGAACACAGCGUUUGACACCAACACAAUCUUCUGACCAAUCGUUGAAAAGUACAGGAGGUUUGCAUCCAUCAACAUUUACCAAACUCUUUAUCACAGAACCAACUGUUGCUGAUACUACAAUGACGUCAAAGAGAGAGGCACAACGUACCCACGGUUUCUGGAUUAUGACUGCUUAUUCCUUACUUUCGGAUAGCGAGUUUAUCAAAAGGAACAAAAUGCAUUUAAUAUUUGCUGUGAUACUUGCCAUAUUUCUUGGACUUGUUUUGAGUCUAUGUUUUAUGCUUGAUCAUUGCAGACGGGCUCGAUUAAGAAAAGCGAAAAGAAUGAGACAGAAAGCAAGCGAAGAUGAGCAAGAAUUUCUAGAAAAUGAGGAGCUGUAUGAUGGAGAUAAUAAUAACAUUAUAAUGGAGAGAUUAUCAAACAUGGAGCAAGCACCUCUACAAAACGGGGGCAAGUUAACGAGAGAAAUGUGUAGGUAUUACACAGUCAUUACACCAAGUCACAACAGUCCUUAUAACUUAAAUGAAAACGUUGCAGCACUGUUCCCUCUUGACAUUAACAAUGUGAAACACAACCAAAAAAUACACUUGAAAAUGAAGAGUAAUGAUCUGAUCCAACAAAAUGAUUUUCGUGUUCAGUCUCCAUCAUCUUUACCACCACCACCAGAAGAAUUUCUAAACACAUCUCCACUAUCUUCAUCCAAUGAGUUGAUACCACCUCCAGCGCAGUUUAAUGAAAAAAGUAUAAAAGCUCCACAGCUGAUAAUUACAAGUCCAACACUCACAAAUAGCACGACGAAUAGUCAGCCGACCAUUGCAACAAGCAGGUGUGAGUCGCGUAAUAAUACACCUGAAAAGAAAUCCACAGUGGAUGUUAGGCCGAUCCUAUCGCGCUCCCAAAGUAAUAGUAACUCUAUUUGUAGUGGAAAUCAAACUACUCUUGGCUAUCCAGGAAGCGUACAGAUUCAAAGAAAGUUUCUUGAUUAUCACGUGAUCAAGCCUCCACGGAGUACGCAGCUUCAACGCAAAUGUUCAUACUUGAAUGAUUAUAAAACUAAUUCUGAAGACGUUGAGCUUGCCCUGAAACGAAAAUCAAUAAGCGAUGAGACACUGGGCGAUCUUCAAUUGUUGGAUAUUAUAAAUAAUGGAGUAUCAAAGCCUUUUCGUGUUAAACCGAUUCGCAAUAAGCCAUUCGAAAGCCCAAUAUUCCGAACCAAUGGGAUUGCGGAUAACAGAAACGGUUGCAAGACCGAUUCUAAUGUGUCACCACCGUUUAUAAGACACCCAAAAAAGGGGCGUCUCCAUGUCAUCCAGUCCCCAUAUGUAAAAAAUACAAAAAAAUGUUUGGGUAAUGGAGAAUUAAAACCAUCAAUGAGUGUACCAAAAUAUUUGUCUGAUUUUGGACGAAAUGAUAAGGAAGGAAAUUGUACUCGGGCGAGUGUGCAAUCAGAUAUUAAUUUCGCGUGCUCCAAACCAAAUGAGACUAAUUGCAUGGAUAAACUUCCAUGUAACUUAUGUUCUCUAGAAAAUCACAAAUCUGAAGACGCGGAAGUUGUAUCUGCAGCCGAUACUAAUUUUGACAGUAGAGUUUAUAUAGUGCACGAAUCCGGAUAUCAAAGUCACGAAACUGGAACUGACUCGCUAUGUAGCAGCACGCGUUCUACUGAUCAAGAAGAUUGUCAAAUGUUUUCCCCAGCUUCUAGUGGCUCUUCGAAACAGAUUGGAUCCAGGACAAAGGUUAACCGCACUCGUAAUGCCAGACGAGAUCCAAAAUUGUUACCUCUUUCAACGCAAAUCAGUUUACCAGUUAAUACAAUACGGCGACUGCAGCAUGACGGCCGUUUUGGGACGGAUAUUCUUCCGUACGAGAGUUCUUUUGAUGAUGCAAGUAGCAGGGAUUCCGUGCAAAUGAUAACACGAAACAAGCCUAAAAGUAAAAAAAGGGAAAACAGUUUUAACAUUAAAAAUGGUAUGAUACCUGAUAGAGAUGUGAAUCUGAGUGGUGUGUCUCACGUUGGAAACAAGAAAGGUAUUUUAAAGAAUGGUUAUAUUGAUAGCAGUUUUGAAAUGUAAUUGCAUUUUGUUUAUGUUUUAUUAAAUGAUUUUGUAAAAUAAAGUGUAUAUAAUUUUGUCUAAAAUAAUAAUUGUUCUUUCU